GAAAUUGAUAUAGAUUCAAAAAGAACAUGCAUGUCACAUUUUUGUUUGAAGUACAUAUUAAAGAAAUGUGAUCCGUUAUGUUGAAUUCUGUGUAGAAUAUAAUUGGAAGGUAUAUAUACUUGACAGUGCAUUUUAAAGUACAGUAUGUACAUGUAGCUUGGAUGCAAAAAUGUGGAAUAUUUUUUGAAACAGUAGAAAAAGUCUGAAUUCUGGAGCUGGUGAAGUAAAAUUUUAUCGUCAUAUUUAUAAGGAUGUAAAAAUUAUGUUUUAAAAUAGUGCUAUUUCCUGUUUUUAGUUGAAAGAAAUGAUACCAGUUUUGUGCUCUGAAAUCACAUCUGUUUCUGAAAUAUGAUGUUUUUUUAUGUUGCAAACAGUAGAAAACUUUAAGUGUCUUAAUUCUUUAAAAGGAUAAUGGACUCAACAUUGAGUGUGACAGUCUGAAAGCUUUUCCUAUUUAAUAGAUUAGUGCAUUGCUUUUUCUCUGUCAAGGUUGAAACACCCUGUUAAUUGAAUUACAAAUCAAAAGACUUCUGUAACAUGAUAACAAUAUAUACUGCAAUUUUAGAGUUUAUGAAAUGGAAUUAAUAUGCUGCAAAGAUCAUAUGUCGAAUAGGAUAACUUGUAAUGUGGUUUACCUAAUGGAUAUAUAUGUGAUAAAUGAAAAUUAAAAUUAAAGCAAUAAGUUACUUGCAUCUUUAAGAACUAUAUAGUGGAAACAAUGAAUAAGGAAUUAGUACUUGAAAGGAAGGAACAUCUGUCUGAUCCUGUGUACAUGCAUCGUAGGAUGAGACUACAUAAUAUAUCAUUAAUGAGGCAGUACAGAUUAGAAAUGUGCCAGCAAUGGUUAGUCCAUGAAGAUGGUGCUUUAGCCUACCAAUUACAGAACAAAGAGAUUGAUUUCCAUUAUGGAUUGAACAGAUAUAACAGAAGGACUAUAAGAGAUGACAUUCCAGUGGCUCGUGUGGUACAGGAUGAUGAAGAGGUCAUUCAACAACAAGAGAGAUUCCAGGAACUAGAGGCCCUCAAAGCUCAAGCUGAAGAAGAUGAGGAGGUUGCUAGGAGAGUUACAGAAGAAUUGAUGAGUGAGGAAGAAGCUCACAAGAGACAAAGAGAAUUAGAGGAUGAGGAAGUUGCAAGAACGGUUCAGGAAAAAGAAAAGAAAAAAUAUGAGAAAUACAUAGAGAAACAGAGACUCAAAGAACUUAAAACAGAGCGUAAAAUAUUAGAGAAGCAGUUAGAACAACAUACCCAGGAUGCUCGGUUGACUCUCCGAUCUAGUCAAGAUGAAGGUACAUCAGAUGAAGAUGUCGGAGAUGUGCAGCAUUCCAUGGGUGAUAUGGCGGUAUCAGGCAGAAACAGCAGGUCAGAACGUAAUGGUUACACUAGGUAUAUGUACAGAGUAACACCAUCAGGGAGAAUAGAAGAUGAAGGAGACUUCACAGAUUUCUUUGCUGUACCUGACAACAUUCCUGAAGAACAUAGGUCACGUCUACAGCAGCUUCAAGAUGAGGAACUUGCAAGACUCCUACAAGAACAAGAACAUAAGAGAACAAAAGCAGAAGUUGAUCGUGUCAAAUUACGGGAAAUAGAGGAGCAAGAUGAACGACUAGCAAAAAUUAUACAGGAACAAGAAAAACUCAGGGCAAAACGAGCAAAAGAAAAGAAAAAACAGCAAGAUGAUGUGAAAAGACAACAACAACAGAUGCAAAUGACCAAUCCUGCAACAAGACCACUUCCUGAUUUACCUGGAAAACGAAUCUCCUCAGAUCCACCUGUCAAUAGGUCACAUGACCAUCAUAGAUUACGCAGAGACAGUUUUAUACAGUCAAUAGAAAAUAGGUCUUCCCAACAACCUCGAACUCCUGAAUCAGAGCAGAGCACAACAUCGUCAAGGAAUUCCCAACGACAACCGUCAAGGCAACAGUCAUUAGAUCCAUUAAACCGACCUCGACUUCCUACACCUAAUGAAGUUCCAUCACAUUCAGUGCAUAGUGUUGAACAAUGGGUACUUAAUUCUGCCCGAGAGACACAAAAUUAUCAACAUGAAAGACGAAGACUUCCAUCAAAUCGUUCAGAUGAAAUGAUCCCAUCACCUUCACCUCCAGGAAGUUACCACAGUGAAGAUGAACUUCCUUACAGCGUAAUAAGAAAUGAUCUAGUCAGAGCACCACCACCUCCCUCAAAUCCCAGAGUAAAUAGCCAACAAAAUGGUAACCAUUAUGCAGUUAGUAAUCCCCUUGGUUUUAAUAUAGCAGCUGCAAUAGAUCCUACUUACAAAAGACAACCUAGAAAUGGAUCACAUGACGAAACUAACAUGAAAAUGCCAGUGUUAUCAUCAUCUAUGCCUUUACCCGAAGAAUUCGACCUGGAAUGGGACCCCAGUUUACGUGGAAGUCUUCGCAGACCAAAAGGAAGUUGGAACCCUUUAGCUGCCAACAACUAUCAUGACCGAAUGGGAGGAGCAAAUGAUAGUUUUUCUGAAGAGGGACCAGUUAUAAGUCAAUUCCAACCAGUUCAAGGUCAAAGAAGGUCAGCAUCAGAUAAACAGAAGACAAGAAAAUCUUCAAUUGGGAAUUCAAAGAAGGACAAACAAGGAAACUGCAAACAGCAGUAGAAAUUGUAAUCAAAUGAUAAUUUAUUUUUAUUGGAUUCAUUGUUAUUCAUUGGGCAUCAAUUUUCUAUGAUUUCAUGGGUUAACAUGAACCCCAAAUUAAAGUGUCAAACAAAAUACAAAUAUACUAAAGCGUCUUGUGUAGAUUUUAUCAAGACCAAGAAAUUUGGUAUCCAAUGAAAUUUUUUACCUAUGAAAAUCAAUCUAAAUGAAUCUUCAGUAUUUUAUACAAAGGUUGUAGAGCUUAUGUCUAAGCUGUGUUGUUGCUUGCAAUAUAUUGGCUCCCAAUUUAAUGAGAGCUUGCUCAAAAAGAAUUUUCUUGAGGUAUACCUGGCAUAUGCCACAGUUUUCAAGGGAAAUUAAAAUUUUUCUGUAUUCUUUCAAAUUUGACAGGGUCUAUAUUUUAUAUGCCAAUCAAAGAGGAAAACUUGCUUCACCCUGUCAAAAAUGAGAGCAGCCUCUUUAGCUGUGGUAAUAUUUCAAUUUGUAAUGUUAAAUACUUUUUAAACUACUGUAAAAUAAUACUUGCAAAUAAUGUUAUUUUUUCUUUGUGACUAUUACUCAUUGUAAUGAAUUUCAGGGUAAUCUCAUUUUCUUCAGAAGUUAUUCCAUAUUUUAUUUUUUCAAUUUGUCUUUUACUAUACAAAAGUAGUUUCUGUGAUAUUUAAUAUAGAAUUUCUGGAUAAAAUUUGCUCUAUUGUUUCGAGAUAUGAAAUGUAUUGAUUAUACUAAAAUGACCUACACAAAAAAUGAAGUUUUGAAUUUCAGAACUGUUGAACCAUUUUUACUGUAUUCAAACAAAAUGAAUAUUCAUUUUAUUCAAUUACUGGUUAGAAAUAAUAUAUUUGCAUAUUGGUAAAUAAUUUAAACACAAUAUAAUUUUAGGACUAUAGAUAUGUUAUUUGUUGGUUGUUAAUUAUCUUUUAAUUUUUUGGUUGUCAAGUUAAGUUUUCUAUCAAAAUUUGGUAUAUUUUAGGUAAGUAUCUUUAAAAAAUCCUUCAUCCUUAAAUAUUCUAUUUUACAGACCCCUAAAAUUAUGUUAUGAUUUAAAAGAAAUGUUCAGUUUGAACAAAAUAAAACAGGAAAUUUGAAAUCACAAGUCAUUCAACGUUCAAAUAUCUGAUAACUAUACUUAGAAGUUACUAUUGUCAUAUAUUAGUUAUUCUAUACCUCAUUCAACACCAAUAUGCUAUGUCACGUAGCUACUUUAUAAUGUUUGAAAAAAUCUGCUCCCCCAAUUUUGUCACAAAAAUGAAAACAUUUUAAAAUUUGAACAAUUGUUUCUUUAAACAAAGCAGUUCUAUUACAAGAACUCUAUAAUUUUAUUAAGAUCAUCCAAGAGAAGGUUGUUCCACAUGUUUAGAAACUUGUUUAUUUGUAUUUAUUUCAUACAUGCAUCACUUAUUCGUAUAUUGUUCAUGUGUACCGGUAUAUGUGCUCUGUAACAUUGUUUAAGAGAAUAAUAUGGAACUUUAUUUUCGAGAAAUGUUGAAAUCACUAGUGCAUCAAAUUGGGGUUCAGCAAGGAUAUAAAAGUUACCAUUUUGGUAGAUCACCUUGGCCUAAAGGUCUAGCCUUGUUGAAUAUUUUAUAAAAUUACCACAUUUUGGUUUCAUACCACAAUGUUAUAGUUGAAUUCCAGUGUUUACAGUUAAGGGAAAGGGUUGUAAAAUAUCAAGUAAAAUUGAUGUAGGUGUCUCUUUUUUGAUUAAUGAUUUUGAUAGGUUGCUGUCUCAUUGACUUAUAUAUAUCUUUAUUCUCUUUUAUGUAUAUAAGAAAUGUUUGCAUUUUUUUUUAAAUUGACAGUUUCUGGGUUUUUAAGGAAGUUGUUUUUUUUUUCAGAAAAAUGUUUUACACAUUGGAUAAAUAACAAAAAAACUCGAGAAUUUCAGCUGAUUUGUGCUGUAUUGUUGUGAAAUUUUGGGAAAUGUAUAUUUUCUCUCUCAAAAUGUGUACUUAUGAAGGUUGUUAUAUUGUAAAGCUUAAAGUUAUCAAUACCACUUUUGCAUUUGAAUUGUUUUGUAAUAAUAAAUGAUUUGUUAUGUUUAUAAGAUUAUUGACACAGAAGAUUUAUACAUGAACAUGAUUUUAUUAUUUGAUAGUGAAAAUAGACAAUGUUAUAAAUGUAAAGUAAAAUUUAUAUGAAUAAUUUGGGUAUAAAGAUAAUGUUUGAAGGACCUGAAGCAUUUAUAUUGUGGAAAAGUCAUAACAAAAAAGGAUAUACUGGUACAUAUGUAUAAUAAUUCAUAUUAAAGGUGCAUAAGACAACUGCAGCAUACUUCGUUGUCCAACUCCAAUUGAUGAUUACCAACUUGUACCAAUAGAAGGUGUUAGUUCACUUGACUUAUUUAUUAAAGGUGCAUAACUCAAUUUUUGCAUAUACCUCACACAAAAAUGACACAUGCAGUGAUAAUAAGAUUGCGGUAACUAUUUCUGUCUCGGUGAUAUUUUCACAGUAGGAACUUUAACCUAACUUAUAUAAAACAGGAAAAUCAUAGUUGUCCAUACAGAGUAGGCAUAUAUGGUGCAAAUUGUUUGGCUGUUAAAAUGUGACAUUCUUAAAGGAGUAGGUCCAGUAAGACCCCUUUUUGGCCCCAAAAUAUAGCAGUUUUACAAAAUUGUUAAAAUGUAAACUUUUAGCUAUUUAUUGGAAAGUAGAAUACUUCUGCUGCAUAAAUAUGGGCUUGUUUUGACAAAACAAUGCACAUAUAUCGGGUACUAGCAUCAUUAAGUCAUGCUAAAUCAUGAAAUCUUCACAAUUUUAGCAUUUGAGUUAAAUUUUAUACUGUUUUUGUCUUUAAUGGAAGUGGCCGCAUUUGUGUUCAUUCUUAAUAUUUAAAUGUAAGUUGUAUUUGAUGAUAAUACAUAACAUAUAUAAAGAUUGAGAGUGAACACGGAUGCGGCCACUUUCAUUUUUGACAAAAACCAUCUGAAAAGUGACAAAUUAUGGCAUAUUUGAUAGAUUUGUCAUAUUUAAGCUUGUAUUUGAGCGUAUUUAAUGACUAAAUCAGUUCAAAUCUUUCACAUAAACUAAUUGAAUAGACUGAAGUAGACACUUAAGUGUUUAAAAAGUGUCCAAAAUCUUUCAUCAGAAGAACCUGAAUUUGAGGCCAAAAUCGGCCCUUACCGGACCUACUCCUUUGUCAUCUUUUAUUAUUUUCAACUUUAGUUUUUGCAGCAGUAUAGAAAUAAUAUACAUAUAUGAAUGUCAAAGGUUUGAAAUAUAUCAAAAUAGGACUUUAUGAUUGUGGUUAAAAAUAAAUGACUAUCCUUUAUACCGAGGAAGUCAACAACAAGCAAAACUAGAGUAUAUUGUGUAACCUUUAGUGGCUGUCCACAUGACAAUAUGAUGAGAAAUAACUAUAUAUUAAUGGAGCAUGAUUUUAAUUAUUGUUCUUCAUCUGUGCAAUGUCUGUACGAUCAUUCAUGAUAGGCUAAAGAGCUUCCAUGGUUUAAAGGGGUUGAAUACUCAAAUAUAAAUAAUCAAAUCAGCUAGUUUGUUACCACUACUACAUAAAAAAGUUUUCUACAUGUAUGAAAUUAAAAAUAAUUUUUGGAAGCAUACCUUUACAAGACUAUGUGAGCUGUAUGCCUAAUUAGCUUUAAAGUUGACAAAAAAUAAGAAUAAGAUAUCUGACAUUUAACUUAAUGAAAAAACUAUGUAAGUUGUUCAAAGCCACUGUGUAAGUUAUUUUCAAUAAGUCAAAUUAAUUUCAUAAGUUUUCCCUAAUUUUUUUUUUGCUUAUAAACUAAUAUAUUUUCCAACAGUUUGACCCCAUGGUAUAUUGAAUUUCAUUGCAAUAAAUUCCAGAUAUUAAUUUUGACAUUCCAUACUCUUUUUUUUUUUUAAGAAAGAAUUUUUUUGUUGAAAUUGUAUUUUUCUGACAGUAAAAUAUGUCAUUUAUCAUGUUUGUAAGUAGUUACUUCAUUAUGUGGAAUUAAUAUAAAAAACAGUACUUAUUUUAUCAUCAUAGUUUUGUUAUUCAUUUUUUUUAUUAAUUUUCAUCAUUGAUAAUUCUGUUAUGUAUAUUCUCCAAAUCAUAGACUCAGAAUAUUAACAUCCAAAUAUUGUAAAGUGGUACAUUUCACAAAGGUUUUUUCUUCUAAAUUCUUAAAUAAAGAUAUAAUCAUGAAAAUAUGUCCAUCUUAUAAAUUAAAGGUAUAAGAAGGACUAGAGAUAUGAACAAGAAAAUGUGAAAAUAAAGUCUCACUGAGGGAGGGAGGAAGGGAGGGGGAUUCCAAAUGUAGACCAAUAAAAUUGAGAAUGGAAAUGGGGAAUGUGUCAAAGAGACAACAACCCGACCAAAGAGCAUAAAAACAGCCGAAGGCCACCAAUGGGUCUUCAACACAGCGAGAAAACCUUGCACCAGGAGGCGGGCCUCAGCUGGCCCUUAUAUAAAAAUGUGUACUAGUUCAGUGAAAAUGGACAUCACACUAAACUCCAUAACAUAUAAAUGAA